GAGGAAGUGGAGACUGUUGUUUCUAUGCUCAUCGAACAGGCUCGAGCCCUUUCUCGCACUGGAAUGAAAAAGCACCUCCGUGUUCUCCCCAUGUAUGCUGGCCUGCCUUCUCCUGACCAAAUGAAGGUGUUUGAGAGAGUUUCUCACAGUGUCAGGAAGGUGAUAGUAGCCACCAACAUUGCAGAGACAUCCGUCACAAUUCACGGAAUUGCAUUUGUAAUUGAUUGUGGUUUUGUGAAGCUUCGGGCCUAUAACCCCAAAACAGCCAUCGAAUGCCUUGUGGUGGUGCCAGUGUCUAAAGCUUCAGCUAAUCAGAGAGCAGGACGUGCGGGUCGGAACCGCUCCGGAAAAUGCUACAGACUUUAUACAGAGGAGGACUUUGAGAAGUUGCCCAAGUCCACUGUUCCUGAGAUGCAGCGCAGUAACCUUGCACCCGUCAUCUUGCAGCUGAAGGCUUUGGGAAUUGACAAUGUGCUCAGGUUCCCCUUUCUUUCCCCACCUCCUGCACAAUCAAUGGUGCAAGCUUUAGAAUUGCUGUAUGCUUUAGGAGGUUUGGAUAUGCACUGCCGUUUAACAGAGCCUCUUGGAAUGAGAAUAGCAGAGUUUCCUUUGAAUCCUAUGUUUGCAAAGAUGCUUCUGGAAUCAGGAAAUUUUGGCUGCUCCCAGGAGAUUUUGACAAUUGCUGCCAUGAUGCAAAUUCAAAACAUCUUUGUGAUCCCUCCAAAUCAAAAAGCUCAGGCUGCCAGGCAACACAGGAAGUUUGCUGUGGAAGAAGGUGAUCAUCUCACUAUGCUUAAUGUUUAUGAAGCCUUUGUCCAACACAGCAAGAGCUCUCAGUGGUGUCAGGAACACUUUCUGAACUACAAAGGGCUUGUUAGAGCUUCUGUUGUAAGAGAACAGCUGAAAAAGCUUCUCGUCCGCUUUAAAGUGCCAAAGAAGUCCAGUGAAGGUGAUCCAGAUCCUGUUUUGAGAUGCAUAGUUUCUGGGUUCUUUGCUAACGCUGCUAAAUUCCACUCUACUGGAGCUUACAGGACUAUCCGUGAUGACCAUGAACUUCAUAUCCACCCCACUUCAGUGUUGUAUGCAGAGAAACCUCCACGCUGGGUGGUCUACAAUGAAGUCAUACAGACCACUAAAUAUUACAUGAGAGAUGUGACUGCUGUUGAAUCUGCGUGGCUCUUGGAACUGGCACCUCAUUUUUACCAGCAAGGAACGCAUCUUUCCUUGAAAGCAAAAAGGGCUAAAGUAGAUGACCACUGACUGGACGUGACUUAAGUCUUGUGACAGCAAAUGCAGAACCUUCUGGUGAUUUCAAGCUGGCUGCAGUCCAUUCAGCAGUCAGUUCAUUAGCAAUUUCAUCUUACAUCAACUUAAAUGUUUAAAUGCCUGCCAAGAUCCAUAGGGGUUUAUGCAUGACCAGUACAUUGUAAACCUAUGUAGAGCUUGCAUUGUGGACACUUGAUUCUUUGCCUACUUGACCACUGUUAACCUGGGUAUGUUGCUCCUUUUAAAUA